AUGUCUGCACGCGGUAAAGGAGGAAAAGUGAAGGGAAAGCCAAAAUCCCGCUCAGUUCGUGCCGGUCUCCAGUUCCCUGUUGGCCGAAUUCACCGUCUGCUGAGGAAGGGAAAUUAUGCUGAACGUGUCGGUGCCGGAGCACCCGUCUACUUGGCAGCUGUAAUGGAAUAUCUUGCCGCCGAAGUACUGGAGCUGGCAGGAAACGCUGCCCGCGAUAACAAAAAGACCAGAAUCAUCCCCCGUCAUCUGCAGAGAAUCAAUUUCCGGGCAAUCGUUUUCCAGGGAAAAUGCUACCAUGUCAGCAUUAGUCCGGAUAAAGCAGAUUUCGGCAAUCCCAAGCUACUAAAACAGUGGCAACAGUGA